AUGGCGUUCACCCUCCAUGUCCCGGAGACCCCAGAGGACUGGGGCCGGGAGCCCAGCCCCUACGAUGAGGACGAAGUCCACCACUCCUUCCAUGAGCUCAUUCAGGAACAGAGCCAGCGGGUGGCGGCCUCAGAGCCCCAGGUGGAGCUAGAGCUUCAGGACAUAGAGCCAGAUGGUAGCCAUCAGGACGUCUUAGGGCAGGGGCAUACCCCGGCAUACAGCGCGGCCACACUCCGCAUCCUGGCCAGCAUGCCCAGCCGCACCAUUGGCCGCAGCCGAGGCGCGAUCAUUUCGCAAUACUACAAUCGCACGGUGCGGCUGCGGCGUCGGGGCAGCCGAUCCUUACACAGCGUUGUGGACCAUGCAGCCCGGCCCAGCCUGCGCUCACAUGACCUGGAGCUGGACCCUGCGACCCGUGAGGAGGAAGAGAAGCGUGGCCUUCUGGUCAGGGAGCUCCAGGGCCUGACGGUGGCCCAACAAGACCACAUGCUCCGAGAGAUGCCCCUGAGCCUGGCUGAGAAGCGUUGUUUGCGACAGGAGAGCCGGACUCCGAGGGGGAAGCUGAGGAGCCAGCAGGACCGGCAUGGGGUCUGCUCCUUCUGCAAACAGCUCAAGUAUGGCUGCGUUCUGACCUUGCACAAUCUGGGGCUGGGGCUGCUCUCAAGCCUGCACGCCCUGACGCCCUGGCACUACGCCCUGAAGCGGAUUGGGGGCCAGUUCGGCUCCAGUGUGCUCUCCUACUUCCUCUUCCUCAAGACCCUGCUGGCCUUCAAUGCCCUCCUGCUGCUGCCCCUGCUGGCCUUCAUUGUGGGCGUACAGGCUGCCUUCCCGCCCACCUCGCCUUCCCCCACCCCCACCUUCACCGGACUGGAGCUCCUCAUAGGUGGGGGCUCCUUCACCCACACUGUCAUGUACUAUGGCUACUACAGUAACACCACGGUGAACCAGCAGUGUGCUCUCCCGGGAGAUGGCAGUCACUGCAUUUCUGGGGCAGGUGGCCUGCCCUACAACAUGCCCCUGGCCUACCUCUUCACCAUGGGCAUGGCCUUCUUUAUCACCUGCAUCACCCUAGUUUACAGCAUGUCCCAUUCUUUUGGGGAGAGCUACCGGGUGGGCAGCACCUCAGGCAUCCAUGCCAUCACUAUCUUCUGUUCCUGGGACUAUAAGGUGACUCAGAAGUGGGCCUCCCGCCUCCAGCAGGACAACCUUCGGACCCAGCUGAAGGAGCUGCUGGCUGAGUGGCAGCUGCGGCAGGGUCCCUGGAACUUGUGUGGGCGGCUGCGGCGGGUGGCUGUGCUGGGCUUGGUGUGGCUGCUCUGUCUGGGCAUCACGCUGGGCUGCGCUGUGGCAGUCUACACUUUCUCAGAGUUUUUGAUCCAGAGCCCUGUGGCCACUGGUCAGGUGGGACUGCUUGUCCUUCCCCUCAUGGUGAGUGUCACCAACUUGGUGGCCCCCUACCUGUACCGGAUGUUGGCCGCCCUGGAGCAGCAUGAGUCCCCUGUAUUGGAGGUGUACGUGGCCAUCUGCAGGAACCUCAUUCUCAAGGUGAUCACCCUGGGCAUCUUAUGCUAUCACUGGCUGGGUCGCAGGGUGGACAUUCUGAAGGACCAGUGCUGGGAGGACUUUGUGGGCCAGGAGCUGUACCGUUUCAUGGUGAUGGAUUUCUUCUUCACACUUGUGGACACGCUUUUUGGGGAGCUGGUGUGGAGGCUUAUCACUGAGAGGAAGCUGAAGAGGCAGCGGAAGCCUGAGUUUGACAUCGCACGGAAUGUCCUGGAGUUGAUUUAUGGGCAGACUCUGACCUGGCUGGGGGUCCUCUUCUCACCUCUCCUGCCUGCCGUGCAAAUCCUCAAGCUGCUGCUGCUUUUCUACAUCAAGAAGACAAGCCUGAUGGCCAAUUGCCAGGCGCCCCACCGACCGUGGCUGGCCUCACACAUGAGCACCGUUUUCAUCACACUGCUCUGUUUCCCCUCCUUCCUGGGUGCUGCCAUCUUCCUCUGCUAUGCUAUCUGGCAGGUGAAGCCGUCCAGCAUGUGCGGUCCCUUCCGAAGCCUGGGCACCAUGUACGAGGCAGGCAAGGUGUGGGUGCACCAUCUGGAGCAGGCAGGGCCCCGGGUCUCCUGGGUACCUUGGGUCUACCACUACCUGCUGGAGAAUACCUUCUUCAUCUUCCUGGUGUCCACCCUGCUGCUUGCCGUCAUCUACCUCAACAUCCAGGUGGUGAAGGGCCAGCGGAAGAUCAUUUGUCUCCUCAAGGAGCAGAUCAGCAAUGAGGGGGAGGACAAAAUCUUCUUAAUCAAUGAGAUUCACUCUGUCUACAAGAGAAAGGAGCGGAGAAGCUUUCUGAUGCCCACGCUGGGCCUUGGUGAGAAUGCCCACUUGUCCUCAAGGGUGACCCUGGCUGAGACCGUCAUGGUCACUUGA